AUGUCAUCUACAGCAUUACAACAACAACAAAAUACAAGUAAUGACAAGAAUAAUCUUUAUUUGCAAUUAAUUCAACUACUUGAUGUCAAUGAAAAUGGAAGACUUGUUUUACCAUUUUCACGUCGAUUAAUUCUAAUUGAUCGUCCAUAUGAAAAUUCAAAUGCAAAUGCUUGGCAAGUAGACAACAAUAUGUCUACUGAUUCUGAACGUACACCAUCUGAAGUUUCAUCAUCAACAUCACAAUCGUAUUUAUCCAGUGACGAGGAAAAUAACAGUGAACAUAAUACCACAUUCGUAUCAAUGUCAUUACCACCAUCGCCAUUUCUUUGUGAUCCUUACGAGUCAUACGACUGGGAAUGUUAA